AUGAGCACCAGAGACGAAUUGCUUUAUAUGGCUAGACUCACAGAGUAAACUGAGAGAUUCGAGGACAUGGUUAACUACAUCAAACAAUUAGUUAGUGUAGGACAAGAAUUGUCAGUAGAAGAGAGAAACUUGCUCUCUGUUGCUUACAAAAACAGCAUUGGAGGAAGAAGAACAGCUUGGAGAGUCCUUUCUAGCAUUGAGAACAAGGAAGAAGGAAAGGUAUAGAAAUCUCACAUUUUAUUAAUUCAAAAACUUGUCCCUUAUAUUAAUUCAUCUUUAUUUGAUUAUUUUAGGCUCAAACCAAUCCAGCAAGUCAAAGAAACCUCACCUUAAUUAGAUCUUAUAAGAAAAAAAUUGAAUAAGAAUUGA